CUUCCAAAGUUAACGUUACCUUGACGGCAAAUAUGCCCGAACCCUAUGAAGGGAAACAUGAAGUACACUGAAUUUACUUGCACAAUGAAUGAAUUAAUGAAAGAGACUCACUUACUACCUCUACCUACCUGUAUUUCUGUAAACUUCCAUUAGAAAUAAUAGAUGAGUAUAACUGAUAAUACAAUUACAAUUAUUUUCCGACAUUUUACACUGAAUAAAUGAUUUCAUUUCAUUUUCGCAACGAAAACUUCCUUGAUCAUCCAUAAUCAUGGGCACCCCCGGGAAAAGGAAAAACUAGGCAGUACACGCAUCAUUAUCAUGUGAUGUGGCCUGACUCAGUACACUGCCAGUCUUGCCGCGGAGGCGUCGGAUACGAUUCUCACUCCCAGGAUCGGCGUAGUUCACCGGUGUAUUGGCGCAGAAACGAAGAGACAAAUAGUUUUCCGACACAAAAAAAGGGCGAACUGGAGUUGCCAUGGCGUCCCACAGGCGAUUUGAAGACGAACAGUACAAGAAUUGGCUAAAAACUACAAUGAGUCUCCAGCUUCUGAGGACCAGUCUCGGCGAUUUCCUCGAAAACGAAACCGAAACCUUUCAUAAUUCUCUUAAGAAUAAACUGAAGCAAGCAACCUGUAAAAAUGGCUGUACCGUCAAAGCAAACUACAGAAAUAAGGUUCCUGAAGUCUGUCCAGAGUGUAAACCUUGGGGAGAGGAAAUCUUUAAAAAUCACAACAAUAAGAGAGGGGAAAUUUAUUGGAACAACAGCAAGCCUUGUCUGUGGUCAUCUAGGAAAUGGGAGGUUGCAAAGGUCUACAUGCCAAGAGGAAACAAGAACCACCAUGCAGUGGAUCAGUUUGACAUUUCUGCCAUUCUGAAUCUCAUGAACGUUUGCUCACAUUUCAAGAACUUCGUGAAAGAACAAAUUAUUAAAGAGGUAACCCAUGUAAGGAACCAGAUGAUGCAUUCAGCUGAUAUGAAAGUGGCAAAAGAGGACAUGCAGAAACACCUGAGUAAAAUCCUGGACUUUGUGAAACACCUGCAGGACCGAGUUCCACAUCUGAACAACCUGAAGGACGAGAUCAGCCAACUGGAGGAAGCAGAGCUCAACAUAAUGGUAGAGGGGCAGGACACCAGCCAAAAAGAUGCUGCUAUGAACUUAAUGAACAAGCAGCAGAUGCUUGACCUGGAACAGCAGGUCUUGAAGGAGAAGAUUGAAGCCCUGGCUUCACGUCUUGAGGAAGACAAGGACCUGAAUAAUGAGGAGCUGCAGAGGAUGAAGGAGUUCCUGGAUCAGAACAAGGACCUUCUGGAGCAGCUGGGUCCACACAUGGAGAAGUUCAAUGCAAUUCAGGUGAAAGUUGAGCAACACGACCAACAGCUGACUGACCUGACAGAGACGGUGGACCAGCUCGUGAAGAAAACUGAAGAACCAGCUUUCAGUGCUGAUACAGUCAAAUACAAGAAUCAUCUGUUCGAAGAAGCUAAGGAGAACAAAUGGCCUGAUCCCAUGUUCAACGUACAGCGCAAAUCUCAAGGUUAUAUCGGACAGGUGGUGGUCAAUGGGCAAACUUUCACAGGUUGCCUUGUCCACCCAAACAAGACGGCUGCUCAUCAGGAGGUAUCAAAGAUUGCACUCGAGCAGCUGCAUUUGCAGUCAAAGGAAGAGGGCAGCCUCAGUCUUCAUGAAGAUGACCAAUCAGCAGCAGCAAACUCUCUGUUCUUCGCGGAAGUGAAAGUGCCGGUGAAGACUGAGUUUAAGGGACCGGAAGCUGGCAGCUCAGAGGCCGCAGUUCUGGAAGCCUACAAGAGUCUGGCGCAGGCUCUCAACCUGGGAGAUGCAGGAGCAGGAUGCCCUUCUGACGAUGCCAGGGAGAGGGUUUGUGACUUCUUCAGACGGGCUCGUUGUGACCCCCCCAAAGAGUGUGUGAGCACCACGGAUGGAAAGUUCAUGUGCACAUUGUGCAUCGAUGGGAAUUUGACCUUUCAAAACCCAGAGGGAAUGUCCAAAAAAAGGCAGGCAGAGAUUGCAGCAGCUAAGGAAGCUCUUCUCCGGCUAGCACGGGUCCUGGACUGGGACCUGGCAGGAGUAAACGAGAACUACAAGGGGAGGCUGCAGGAGAUGCUGGUCAAACAGGGGCAGGAGCUUCCUUCUUAUCAGCCUGUGUUUGAACCUGUUCACACUGAGCCAAGCCACAGAGGAGCAGAAUCUGAGAAGAGUCUUGCUAGUGUCCCUAUACCUCAGGCUGCAGUAUCAGUUAGCAACAUGGAAAGUCAGGCAAGAGCAUCUGUUGAUUCCAGCCAGUUUCCUCUUCAGGUACAAAUGCCCAAGACUGAAGAUCCAGCACCUGUGGUGGCCACUGUCCAACCCUCCGAGAGUAAUUUAACUCAGAGAUCAGACACCGAUGUUCCAGUGGUGCAUCAUAACACAGCUGUUGGCCAGGCCAUCAUUCCUGCCAUGCCUAUCCACACCAGUGAGACCUCGGUGCCCUCAGCAAACUCUCUGGUCUUCGUGGGUGUGACAGUGCCGGUGAAGACUGAGUUUAAGGGACCGGAAGCCGGCAGCUCAGAGGCCGCAUUUCUGGAAGCCUACAAGAGUCUGGCGCAGGCUCUCAACCUGGGAGAUGCAGGAGCAGGAUGCCCUUCUGACGAUUCCAGGGAGAGGGUUUGUGACUUCUUCAGCCGGGCUUGUUGUGAUCCCCCCAAAGAGUGUGUCAGCACCACGGAUGGAAAGUUCAUGUGCACAUUGUGCAUUGAUGGGAAUUUGACCUUUCAAAACCCAGAGGGAAUGUCCAAAAAAAGGCAGGCAGAGAAUGCAGCAGCUAAGGAAGCUCUUCACCGGCUGGCACGGGUCCUGGACUGGGACCUGGCAGGAGUAAACGAGAACUACAAGGGGAGGCUGCAGGAGAUACUGGUCAAACAGGGGCAGGAGCUUCCUUCUUAUCAGCCUGUGUUUGAACCUGUUCACACUGAGCCAAGCCACAGAGGAGCAGAAUCUGAGAAGAGUCUUGCUAGUGUCCCUAUACCUCAGGCUGCAGUAUCAGUUAGCAACAUGGAAAGCCAGGCAACAGCAUCUGUUGAUUCCAGCCUGUUUCCUCUUCCGGUACAAAUGCCCAAGACUGAAACUCCAGCACCUGUGGUGGCCACUGUCCAACCCACCGAGAGUAAUUUCACUCAGAGAUCAGACUCCGAUGUUCCAGUGGUGCAUCAUAACACAGCUGCUGGCCAAGCCAUCAUUCCUGCCAUGCCCAUCCACACCAGUGAGAGCUCGGUGCCCUCAGCAAGCUCUCUGGUCUUCGUGGGUGUGACAGUGCCGGUGAAGACUGAGUUUAAGGGGCCGGAAGCCGGCAGCUCAGAGGCCGCAGUUCUGGAAGCCUACAAGAGUCUGGCGCUGGCUCUCAACCUGGGAGACGCAGGAGCAGGAUGCCCUUCUGACGAUGCCAGGGAGAGGGUUUGUGACUUCUUCAGCCGGGCUCGUUGUGACCCCCCCAAAGAGUGUGUCAGCAUCACGGAUGGAAAGUUCAUGUGCACAUUGUGCAUUGAUGGGAAUUUGACCUUUCAAAACCCAGAGGGAAUGUCCAAAAAAAAGCAGGCAGAGAAUGCAGCAGCUAAAGAAGCUCUUCACCGGCUGGCACGGGUCCUGGACUGGGACCUGGAGGGAGUAACGGAGAACCACAAGGGGAGGCUGCAAGAGAUACUGGUCAAACAGGGGCAAGAACCUCCUUCUUAUCAGCCUGUGAUUGAACCUGUUCACACUGAGCCAAGCCACAGAGGAGCAGAAUCUGAGAAGAGAAAAUCACCUGAUGAUCAUACACAGCAUCUUCCAGAUGUAAAAAAGCCAAAGAGAGAGUCUCCAGAUUUUGGGAGAGUGCUGAGAAUGUUCGGUCUGCAGCCUACAUCAGUCAGCUGUGAAAACUUCAAUGUGAAAGAGUGGUAUAUACUGACUGUGGAAAUCAACCUGGUUAACUUCACCUACACGAACCAGCAGGGCUGCAAUAACAAGAAGGAAGCCAUUCGCAAGGCAUACCUGAUAUUCGGCCAAGCCACUGGCAUCUGUCAACCAUGUACAGAAGAGAUCCAGGCUUCAAUGGCUGUCAAACAGCACUUCAGUCAAAAUUCAUUUAGUCUUCCCACUGAAGAGGUUGUGGAAAAGGAGCAAAAGAAGUUCUACUGCUCAUUGAAAGUGGAAUCAUGCAGGCUUUCCUUCGAAGGACAAGGGGAAAGUGAGGAAGCAGCCCGGCUGGAGGCCUGCAAGCAGGCUCUCUCCCAGCUCGGCCAACUGUUUGACUACAAGUCACCCAGCAGCAGUGACACGGCGAGCGAGGAGAGACUGACCUUCCUGCUUGAAGACGCCGGUCAGGGGCCGCCAGCCUUCCGCAAAGCAGACGUACUGUAUACAGCCGACGCCCAGCUUAAUCUCAAUGACUUCGCAUUGGCGUGUAAAGGGCAAAGCAGCAAGAAGCUAGCCCAGAGGCAACUGUGUGCCCAAAUCCUCGUACUUCUUGGACAGAAAGAGACAGAGACAUGCAGUGAGAGGAACCAGGUUGACGACUGGUUCAAGCAGAAGCAACUCCCACAGCCAGUGUUUGCGGACACAAAGGGAUCUGGACCUGGCAAAAAGGCAGUAUUUGGGAUGAAGGCUACAUUCUCGGCCCUUAUUACCUUCACUCAUCCAGACAGGAAAGCCAGUGAGGAGGAGGCAGUGACAGCGCUCCUGGGGGAACUGAAGAGGAGACUCAAAGCUUGUUGAUUCCAGUCCAAAGACCAGCAGAAUAGGGGCUGUCAGUAAGCAGCCAUUUAACAAGGAAGACCCAAGAGUUCACUAUCAGCACUGACUGGAAAGGCGUGGAGUUCUCAGUGCAUUUUAAUAAAAAAAUGAAAUCGACUCGUACGAUAUUGAAAAUCUAAUCUAAGACUUUGUUUACUACAAAUUUUAUGUCCGACUUGAACUUUGUGUGAUAUUUACAUUACUUGAUAUUAGAUAUUUGGUGGACGUGUAAUGCACUUUUUUAAUUAGAUUUUUUAUGUCCAGCCCAUUUACAGUCAAUGUAACAUUAAUAAAUAUGAAAUUAAAUGUACGCAUUCUUAAAUUACGGUUUUAAUCAUGGCAUCAAUAAAGAUAUUAAUUACGGUGUAUA